AUGGCAAUAUGUACGGGGGUGUUGCACCAACGCCAAAAGCCUUCAAUAACACUUGUUGAAACCCCCCUCCCUACCCCCCUCUCCUUAUAUUCGCUCAGGAACCCACUCGGUGAGACACUCGCUGCUCGUAGAAGUUCUCAAGACACAGGACAAGACGCGAGUAAUCCAGACAGAGCUUCACUGCAAGGCAAUAACGCAUUGGUUUUGUCUUGUUUCUUCUCCAAACCCGUGUCUCCGCGGCGCCCUAUCACCCCCCCCUCCCCCAUCGAGGCAAUAAUGGAGCCGUUCACCGCGGGCAUCCUGGCGGUGGGGGGCAUGAUCGCCGUGAUGCUGGCGGUCGUGGCUGCCCAGGAGAACAACAGCAUCAAUAACCGGAAGAACAAGAACAAGAGCAGGAACAAGGCACCACCAAGCCCGCGGGCGGAACAGAAGACGCCCGAGGAGAAGAGAUACUGAAUUCGAAAAUCAUUUUGUCCUUGCUCUCUUUAAUUUUUUUUUUCUUUCUCUUUACUUUUUUCUCCUCCUCCACCCACCCUUUCUCACUUUUCAAUUUUUUAAAUGUUCUUUUUUUUCGAAUUUUCUUUCUUUUUAAAAUCUCGGAGAUUCGGAGUUUGUGAUGUGUUUUAGGGAAAAGCUUCUUUUUUAUGAAUCCCAAUAUUUGUAAGCGGUUUCCCUUAGUGGCAUUUUAGGCAUUUUUACGUACAUUUGCCGGUUAGUUUUGAGAUUUUGUUUUCUUUUAAGCUUUAAGCACUGUGAAUAUAUAUACUUGUUUUAGUUGCUACUAAUUUUAAAGAAUUUGGAAUAAUCA